AUACCAUGUUUAAAUUAUCAUUUAUUAAGCCGUCUUUGGGUUUGCAAGCAAUUGCGCAAUACCACUGAUAAACCGACGGAAAAUGAAGAACACAAAAGACGAGCUAUUUCUUAUUAUUUUAAGGGAAGAUUAUUCGAAAACGGAACAGUUUUUUCUUAGAAAGUUGGAAAUGGCACAAAAGUUUUCAGGUGGAACAGAACCUCAGCAGGAUAAUGUAAACAGCAGGGCUACAGAAUACCAUUGCUUUCUGUCAGGUGUACAGUAUGAGGUCUGUUCGCUGGAGAAUCCUCCCCGCAUAUGAGGCACCACUGUAACGAAUGUUCCCGUUCUGUUGGCAAUCCUGUUUUGUCUUUAAUUGUACUGUGGUAAGAUCACUUUUGCACGUCGCUAGGUGACAAGAUCUGUCGCUGUUUGCUACAGGGCUCCAGAUGUUGCUGUGGUUUCUUCGUGCAGUUUCACCCCAGAUAUGGUUUUUCAGAAGUUGCUGAAGUAGUUUUGGCAGUACUUCCGUCAUGUAGACGUGCGUGCCAGUAACAUCUGACCCGACACUGAUGCGGUUUGAUUGCGGUGGCGUGUGUUUGUAGCUCCACGCCGUCUGAACUCAGUAUCAUUGAAAGGAAACUCCCAAGAGGUCAGCUGGUAGAUAGCAUUUGUUUAAGAAGAACUGGAAGAACAGUGGUCCACUGUUAUUUUGAAAUAUCACUGGGUUUUGGUGGGUUAUGAACAUGAGGGAGGACUAAUGCUUUGGGAUGGAAUAGAUAGCUUUUCAUACAAAUGAGCGGCAGUGCAGAUGCAGGUGAUCCAGCACUCAGCAGAGAGACUGCGCCUGGCUUUGGUCUCUAACCGGAAAGACCUGAUCCAGCACUUCCAGAAGUAUACCAGGGAGGAGAAGCGACUUCUGGAGGAAGGCCUUUACCCUGACAGCACCCUGUUCAAGCCCAUCACCCUGCACUUGGACUCGGACUGGAUCAGUUCGCACCCGGAGCCGCCUCAGGACUUCCAGCAGUACUACUGCAACCCUUACCGCAACACACCCGUCAAGGGGCGCAACACGAUCUACAUCCAGACUGUGGGCUUGUUUGGUGAGGGUGAAGCUGCCACACUCCGGUAUGUGGGCUGGCUGCGAGAAUACUGCGAGGCCUUCUAUUAUGGGCUGUCCGUGAAGCUGCUGGAGCCUGUCCCUGUGUCCGCCACUGGCUGUGCCUUCAGAAUCAAUGAGUACACCCACAAUCUGCAGAUUAACACUGGUGAUCUGCUGAGCUACUUGAAAAAGAAGAAACCAAAAGACGCCUUCUGCAUUGUGGGGAUCACCAUGAUUGACCUGUACCCCGAAGACUCCUGGAACUUUGUGUUUGGCCAAGCAUCGCUCACUAAAGGAAUGGGCAUCUUCAGUUUUGCCAGGUAUGAUGACAACUUCUACAGCAGGAGCUACAAAGGCCGCCUGCAGAAGGGCAGAAAGGUGUCUCCACAGGAUUACUCUGUGUUUGAUGGCUACUACACUCCACCAAUCACGAGCACCCUGCUGCUGAGGUCAUGCAAGACUCUCACUCAUGAGAUUGGCCACAUCUUCGGGAUUCAGCACUGCCAGUGGAUGCAGUGUGUGAUGCAGGGCUCCAAUCACCUGGAGGAAUCAGAUCGCCGGCCACUGGAUCUCUGCCCUGUGUGUCUGCGCAAACUACAGACAGCCAUGGGAUUUAAGAUUGCUGAGAGGUACAAGGCCCUGCUGCGAUGGAUUGAAGAGGGCUCCAACACAGGGGAGGCAGGGACCUCUUCGGCAAAACCCACAGAGGCUUUUGAAGCAUCCCGGCAGUGGCUGAUGAAGUGCUUGUCAGUGUUGGAGGACGAAAUCUUUUAGCACUGUUUCUGUGUUUGAAAUGUGCAGCACGUUUCCCAGUUCUGAGUCAGUCGGUAUCCAGCUACAAGGUGCAGCGCUAGCUUGGCCACUGAUGUAUGAGACUUAGUAACAUCCUCUUUUUUUCUCCUUGAUCUCCCAUUGGUCUGUGUGCUAUGCCAAGGAGUAAGCAAUCCUUAUUUUCCACAAAUGGAGAAGAACCAAAGAUGAAACAUCUGGGAAACAGCUUGAAUUGCAAAUUGAGACCUGCGUGCUUCAGUAAAAAUUAAUUGGACAUCUCAGUCAGAAAACUGUCUAUAUCCGAAUGUUUAUAUGAUAUGACACAUUCAGACCUUACUACAGGAGGUCUGUAGUAAGAUCAGGAGGUCUACCCAUGAGUAAUGAAGGAAGAAUGCUGCUUUGUUUUUUUAGCCAGUUAAGAAAAAAAAACACUACUUUUGAAUUGUAGAUGUUUCACAGGCCACUUCACAUAUUUUCCAGUGGUUUUAUGUGCUGGUCUGUUUUCUUUAAGGGUUUAGAUCUCUGAGAUUUGUUAUGCCUAUAUCCUGCCGGAAAAUGUGAUUCACUUUAGACUGGAGGUAAAGUGAUGUUCAGGGUGAUUCAGAAAUGACCUUGAUUGCUUCAUUUUAUUCUAGUUGCUUAUUACCUCAUAAAGCUCGAUACACAUUCUGACAAAUCUGGAUGAUUGUCCCCACCGACAUGUAGAAACUCGGCAAACUUUCCAGCACCACAGAUGUAGAAACUGCUCCCAUGUAUGGAAAUUUAACUUCCUUCUUGUAAAGAAUACAUGGCUGCCAAAAAUCACAGUAGCUAACUUCAACAUAGAGUAUUUGCAACUCCAUAAGUGCCACUGAUCUAUGAAGUAAGGACUCUGUGGUUGUUCCCAACAUAGGCAAGCAAGAUAAUAAAUGUUUAUUUAUACAAUUCCUGCCAAAGAGAUGGAAUUCUGAGUGGAAGAAACAUAAUGUGAGAAAUUGUAUAUAUUGCUUUUUGGGAACAGUGAACUCCUGAUUUGUGUUUUAUUUUAGCAAACUAAGCGCAUCUGUAAUUUAUUAACUGGGUCUAUGAUUGUUUUCCUAACCUCAGGAUCUCAUUGAUGUUUAUCUGUGGAUGUUUGUCUGGAGGAAACAUCCACUGUGGAAAUGGAAAUAAGUGUGUAGUGUGAAGUCACACGUGAGUUUUUCUCGCUUUUAUUAAGUAGGUAAUUUCUAGUCAAAACUCAUAUUUGCUAUUACAUAUGUAUGUUAUGUACCCUAGUUUUUGAUUGUCUUAUGUUGAUUAUGUUAAGUAAAAGAACACAUCUCUUUGGA